GCCGCUCCGAAACCCUAACGUCAAGAGGAGCGGCGGCUUUGCUUCGACAGAGAGGAUGAGUCGUCGGGGCAGCGGAGGGACGGCGGCGGCUACCGCGAAGGGCGGGAAGAAGAAAGGUUCGACCUUUGUCAUCGACUGCGCGAAGCCGGUGGAGGACAAGAUCAUGGACAUCGCCUCGCUGGAGAAGUUUCUCCAAGAGCGGAUUAAGGUGGCCGGCGGCAAGGCCGGCGCCCUCGGCGACGCCGUCACCGUCACCCGAGACAAGAGCAAGAUCACCGUCACCUCCGAGGGUCCUUUCUCCAAGAGGUACUUGAAGUACCUGACAAAGAAGUAUCUGAAGAAACAUAAUGUACGGGAUUGGCUUCGAGUCAUUGCUUCUAACAAAGACCGCAGCAUCUAUGAGCUGCGGUACUUCAACAUUGCAGAGAACGAGGGUGAAGAGGAAGAUUGACUGAUGUAUCUUGCUUAGUGGGUUAAUUUUCAAAAUUCAGAAGGUUCAUUUUGUUUCUCAUUUAUGUCCAAACUCUUAUCUAUACAUUUUUGACUUCAGAGGACUGCAUUUCUAGUGUCUGUUUAAUGGUAAUUCGGUUAAAAGUUGCGAGUUGCACAUUUCUCGCAAUGCCAA